AUGGCCGUCCCAUUUACAGACGAGAACAUCAAGGAGCUCAGAUUCCGGCUCGAAGAUGCGGCGAUUAAAUGCUCCGAACGUUGUUUAUACCAGUCAGCAAAAUGGGCAGCUGAGAUGCUAGACUCAAUCGUACCAAUUGAACAGUACGACACCGAUCCAGACUCGCCAAUGGACUACCCCGAAGCUCCUUCGAAUGCCCAGAACCCUUAUCUCCGAACACAAGAUCCGCUCGAAGCCGCCCUCGAAGCGCAAGAGUCAUACAAGUACCUCCUUGCGAAAUCUUACUUUGACACCCGCGAAUAUGAUCGUUGCGCCUCGGUCUUCCUUCCUCCGACCAUCUCCCCCGUUCCUCUUACCUCAACGCCGCCGAAUCCCAAGUCUAGACAGUCGUUAACUCCGCAGAAAGGGAAAUCGAAGGCUUCGGCAUAUAGUGGCGUGAAAGAGAAUAGUGUGACCAGAAACCCGUACCCCAAGCUCAGCCAGAAAUCGCUGUUUCUAGCAUUGUACGCCAAGUAUCUAGCAGGCGAGAAGCGCAAGGAUGAAGAGACCGAAAUGGUAUUGGGACCAGCAGACGGAGGCUCGACUGUCAACAAAGAACUACCAGAUUUGGCGCGAGGACUAGAGGGAUGGUUCACGGAGCGGCAAGAUAAGGGACUGGAAGAGCGUAGCCAGGGAUGGUUGGAGUAUCUGUAUGGUGUCAUACUUCUCAAGGGGCGAAAUGAGGACGAGGCCAAGAAGUGGCUUAUUCGGAGUGUUCAUCUGAACCCCUUUCAUUGGGGUGCAUGGCAAGAGCUUAAUGACUUGCUUGCAAGCACAGAAGACUUGAACCAAGUGGUCAAUCUUCUACCUUUGAACAUCAUGACCCUCAUAUUCCGUGUAUACUGCAGCCAAGAGCUGUAUCAGGCAACCGAAGAUACCUACCAGUCACUAUCCGAGCUGGAAACAAUCUUCCCCACAAGUGCUUUCCUCAAGACCCAAAGAGCUCUGUUAUACUACCACUCAAAAGACUUCGAAGAAGCCUCCAGUAUCUUCACAGACAUCCUCGUAUCAUCACCCCACCGACUUGAUAGUCUCGACCACUACUCCAACAUCCUAUACGUGAUGGGCGCGCGCCCCCAGCUCGCAUUCGUCGCGCAAAUCGCAACCGCCACAGACAAAUUCCGCCCCGAAACAUGCUGCGUAGUCGGAAACUACUACUCGCUCAAAUCUGAGCACGAAAAAGCCGUCAUGUAUUUCCGCCGUGCACUUACGCUAGACCGAAACUUCCUCUCAGCCUGGACCCUCAUGGGCCACGAAUACAUCGAAAUGAAAAACACCCACGCCGCAAUCGAAUCCUACCGUCGUGCCGUCGACGUCAACCGUAAAGACUAUCGCGCCUGGUACGGUCUCGGCCAAGCCUACGAAGUCCUCGACAUGUCCUUCUACGCCCUAUUCUACUACCAACGAGCCGCAGCCCUCCGCCCCUACGACCCCAAGAUGUGGCAAGCCGUAGGAUCCUGCUACGCCAAAAUGGGCCGCAUCGAGCAGAGCAUCAAAGCACUCAAACGAGCCCUCGUUGCUGGCUCCUACUACGCCGAUGACUCCUCCCAAGUAGGAGCAGGAGGGGGACCAGAGCGGAAGAUCCUCGAUCCCGAAACCCUCCACCAGAUCGCCACGCUGUACGAACGUCUUGGCGAUGACGAAGAAGCGGCUUCAUACAUGGAACUCACACUACAGCAAGAAUCGGGCCAAGUGAUCCAGGAAGAAGAAGACGCUUCAUCUGAUAAUGACGAUGAUGAUAACCAAUCAGGCACGGAGGGACAGUCUAGCUCUAGACGGACGCGCAAAUCUUCCACCCAGCAGAAUGAGGAUGAGGACGACAAUUGGCAUGGUACGGGCGUUACGGCUACAACUUCCAAGGCUAGGCUAUGGCUUGCAAGGUGGUCUUUGCGAAAUGGAGACCUUGAACGUGCGGAUCAGUUGGCGGGUGAGUUGUGUCAGGAUGGGGUCGAGGUUGAGGAGGCGAAGGCUUUGAUGAGGGAUGUUCGCGCACGGAGAGAAGGGGACGAGUGA